UAUUCUUUUCACAAACAUUUUGUUAUGAUUUGUCCUCCACUCUAUCAAAUGGUCGAAAAGUUUGUUAAUUUCUGUAAACAAAAAGAUUUUCUUCAUUGCGCGAAUUUUGACGAUGAAAUAUUUAUGUUAACUGAAGAUGAAAUUGAUGAGGAAGACCUUUUAAGUGAAGAGGAUGUAGAGGUACCUAAAGCGAUGGGUGAUAUUUUCGAAUCAAUUGCUGGUGCUGUUUAUUUGGAUUGUGGAAUGAAUUUAGAUAUUGUUUGGCGUGUAUUUUAUAAUUUAAUGAGAGAUGUUAUACAAAAAUGUUGUGAAAAUCCGCCACAAUCGCCAGUUCGAGAAUUAUUUGAGAGAAAGAAUUGUCGAGCUAAAUUCUCAAAAUUGGAACGAAAAUUAGAAACAGGCAAAGUUAGAGUUACUGUAACGGUUAACGAUAAUCUCCAAUUUACUGGGAUGGGAAGGAGUUAUCGAAUUGCUAAAUGUACAGCUGCUAAACGAGCUCUUCAACAUUUAAGAAAAUUAGAUGCUGCAAAAACAGCAAAGAAUAAAUAA